CUUUUGAUUUCUUUCUUCAUUGUUUAACCUCUUCAUUGGGCUGUUAUCUAGAAUUAGAGAUACCGAAGUGUGUAUAUUCACUGGCCUACCUAGGAUGUAGUUCUUAGAAUGUGAUCCUUGUUCAGCAUUAUGAGCAUCUCCUGGUGUUGAUGCCUGGUGCACAGAAAUUAUUUCUGAACCUCUCCUAAGACAUAACAAAUCAAAAAUUCUGGGGGUGUGGUCCAGAAAUGCAUGUUUUAAUAAGGCUUUGUGUAUUUCUGAUGCAAGCUGAUGUUUGAGAGCUGCUGGACAAGGACAUCAGCAUGAUGGACCAGACUGGGAGUGUCUGAAUUAAGGAACCAGUUGAAUCUUCAAAGUUCAGCAAUCCCCAGAGACGGGAGGAAACUAAAAUGGGUGUAGGAGGGCCAGAGGUAGAAUGUUCCAAGAAUGAAGUAAACAAAAACUUUUCUCUGAAAAAGAAACUAGGAAACAUGUCUACAGGAUAAAGGACAAUCAGGGGAAUGGAACUCUGUUAGUGAAUGCUUAUGUCCAUGAUUCAGAUUUUCUUCUUGUGGAGUAAGUUUUGGACAGUAGAAGGUUAGCAGAGAACUUGGAGGUUGUGAGCAUUAGCACUGGGCAAAUCUUGAGAAUGGUGAGCCAUGCAAAGUCUGAGGCAGCACGUAUGGCCUUUCCUGGUAAGCGUUUGGGGUGCCGGCUCUGAGACCGGAAUAUUUUGACAGGAACUAAAAUUGAGGAAGAAGGUACAAAACCAGAUUCUAGUCGUCUAUUGAAAUAAUAUGUCAUGAUAGGUAUCUGAUCACUGAUGGGAAAAGUGAAGGACAGACAACCCAGUUAUUGAGGAAAGGAACCUGUCUCUGCAGAAGAGCUUGGCAUGGAAGCACCUGAGGACUGAGAAGAGAUAAAUUAUUAGUCAUAACUGUAGCAACAAAAGAAAGUGAUGGAUUCCAUCGAUUUAUGCAGUCAGCCAAAUACUUCAAUUAUACUGUGAAGGUCCUUGGUCAAGGAAAGGAGUGGAGAGGUGGUGAUGGAAUUAAUACUAUUGGAGGGGGCCAAAAAGUGAGAUUGAUGAAAGAAGUCAUGGAACAUUAUGCCAGUCAAGAGGAUCUGGUUGUCUUGUUUACUGAAUGCUUUAAUGUUAUAUUUGCUGGUGGUCCAGAAGAAGUUCUAAAAAAGUUCCAAAAGUCAAACCACAAAGUGGUCUUUGCAGCAGAUGGAAUUCUGUGGCCGGAUAAAAGACUAGCAGACAAGUAUCCCAUUGUGCACAUUGGGAAACGCUACCUGAAUUCGGGAGGAUUUAUUGGUUAUGCUCCAUAUAUCAACCGUAUAGUUCAACAGUGGAAUCUCCAGGAUAAUGAUGAUGAUCAGUUAUUUUAUACUAAAAUUUACAUUGAUCCAUUGAAGAGGGAAGCUCUUAACAUCACACUGGAUCACAAAUGCAAAAUUUUCCAGACCUUAAAUGGAGCUGUAGAUGAAGUUGUUCUGAAAUUUGAAAAUGGCAAAGCCAGAGCUAAGAAUGUGUUUUAUGAAACAUUACCAGUGGCAAUUAAUGGAAAUGGACCCACCAAGAUUCUCCUGAAUUAUUUUGGAAACUAUGUACCUAAUGCAUGGACACAAGACAAUGGCUGCACUCUUUGUGAAGUGGAUACAAUUGACUUGUCUGCAGUAGAUGUUCACCCAAAUGUAACAAUAGGUGUUUUUAUUGAGCAACCAACCCCUUUCCUACCUCGAUUUCUGGACAUAUUGUUGACACUGGAUUACCCAAAAGAAGCAGUUAAACUCUUUAUUCAUAACAAAGAAGUUUAUCAUGAAAAGGACAUCAAGGUGUUUUUUGAUAAAGCUAAACAUGAAAUCACUACUAUGAAAAUUGUAGGACCGGAAGAAAAUCUAAGUCAAGCCGAAGCCAGAAACAUGGGAAUGGAUUUUUGCCGUCAGGAUGAAAACUGUGAUUAUUACUUUAGUGUGGAUGCAGAUGUUGUUUUGACAAAUCCAAGGACUUUAAAAAUUUUGAUUGAACAAAACAGAAAGAUCAUUGCUCCUCUUGUAACUCGUCAUGGAAAGCUGUGGUCCAACUUCUGGGGGGCCUUGAGUCCUGAUGGAUACUAUGCUCGAUCUGAAGAUUAUGUGGAUAUUGUUCAAGGGAAUAGAGUAGGGAUAUGGAAUGUCCCAUACAUGGCUAACGUGUACUUAAUUAAAGGAAAGACACUCCGAUCAGAGAUGAAUGAAAGGAACUAUUUUGUUCGUGAUAAAUUGGAUCCUGAUAUGGCUCUUUGCCGAAAUGCUAGAGAAAUGACUUUACAAAGGGAAAAAGACUCCCCUACUCCGGAAACAUUCCAAAUGCUCAGGCCCCCAAAGGGUGUGUUUAUGUACAUUUCUAAUAGACAUGAAUUUGGAAGACUAUUAUCAACUGCUAAUUAUAAUAUUUCCCAUUAUAACAAUGACCUCUGGCAGAUUUUUGAAAAUCCUGUGGACUGGAAGGAAAAGUAUAUAAACCGAGAUUAUUCGAAGAUUUUCACUGAAAAUAUAGUUGAACAGCCUUGUCCAGAUGUUUUUUGGUUUCCUAUAUUUUCUGAAAAAGCCUGCGAUGAAUUGGUGGAAGAAAUGGAGCAUUAUGGCCAGUGGUCUGGGGGAAAACAUCAUGAUAGCCGUAUAUCUGGUGGUUAUGAAAAUGUCCCAACUGAUGAUAUCCACAUGAAGCAAAUUGGUCUGGAGAAUGUAUGGCUUCAUUUUAUCCGGGAAUUUAUUGCGCCUGUUACGCUGAAGGUCUUCGCAGGCUAUUAUACUAAGGGGUUUGCACUGUUGAAUUUCGUAGUAAAAUACUCCCCUGAAAGACAACGCUCUCUUCGCCCUCAUCAUGACGCUUCUACAUUUACCAUCAACAUUGCACUCAAUAAUGUGGGAGAAGAUUUUCAGGGAGGUGGAUGCAAAUUUCUAAGGUACAAUUGCUCUAUUGAGUCACCAAGAAAAGGCUGGAGUUUCAUGCAUCCAGGGAGACUCACGCAUUUGCAUGAAGGACUUCCUGUUAAAAAUGGAACGAGAUACAUCGCUGUGUCAUUUAUAGAUCCCUAAGUUAUUUACUUUUCAUUGAAUUCAGUUUUCUUUUGGAAUGGAUGCCUGGCAUGAACAUGUCUUUGAAGUUGUGCUUGAGACGAUGAGAAGAAUAUUUAAAUAACUUCCACAGAACAACUUCACUUUGGGCCAAACAUUUGAAAAACUUUUUAUAAAAAAUUGUUAUUUCUUAAUAUCUGCUCUGAGCCUUAAAACACAGAUUGAAGAAGAAGAAAAAGGAAAAAAAAAUGUAAAAGCAAAUAUUUAUUUCUAUGCCUUAUUGUCUCUGAGAAUAAUAACAAUUUUCUGAAUUUGUGUUUCAGUUGAUAAAGUAUUCAGGUACAGAUGAACAAGUGACAAAUGAGACUAAUAAUUUCUUAUUAAAAGGCUGGGAAGAGUUUUAUUUAUCAACAUGUAGACAAAAUGGAUAUAAAUGAAUAUUUCAAAAAUUUUAAUUUUUGAAAUGCUGAAAAACUGGAGUUCUAACUGAAUUUGUGUGCAACUAAUUGUGUAAGUGCUUUUUUGACUGCCUAUAUAGGUACCUUUUACAGUAGUUACUGAAGGAAUACAAAGAACAAUAUUACACAGUGUUUUUCCUCAAGAAACUUAGUACAAAGUAUAACUGAGGUACAUAUCCAGUGGAAAACAUUUCUGUUUAGAUUGUUAGACAGAUUUUUUUACAUUUGCAGUAGAAAUCAAGCCUUAUGUUCCUUCAGAUGAAUUUUCCAAGGUAGAUUAUAUUAAGUAGAUGUUAGAUUUAGGACAGCUUUUGAGCCUUUCGAUUUCUUAAAGUACAUCAGGUAUCAACUUAAGAUCAGCAAGUGUCCUUAACUCAAAACAGGGUUGUUGUUUUUUUUUUUAUUCUAGAAAAUAAUGAGGAAAAAGAAAAUUUCAUUGAGAUUAGUAGUAACACUUUAUGACUUUUUUUAAAAAAACUCUUUUUACGUUUUUAAGUACUUGAAUUUUAUAUCAGGAAGAUAAAGUUGGUGAGCCUUUGUUCUUCCCUUUUGCCUUUUGUCUUCCUCCUAAUUCUUUUCUUCAGGAGGGUGAUUCACAUUUUUGUCUUCCCAGCAUAGUCUCCAUUUUGUCAUUCUUACUCUUUUUUUUUUUUUUUUUUU